GUUUGCAGCCUCUGACACCUGACUGCCACACCUUCAAAAGAGCACAUGGAAAAUAGGAAAAAUGUGACUGAAUUUAUCCUCCUGGGGCUCACACAAAGUCUUGAGGGACAAAGAGUUCUCUUUGUGACAUUCUUACUCAUCUACAUUGUGACGCUAGUGGGCAAUCUGCUUAUCAUGGUGACCAUCAUGGCCAGCCAGUCCCUGGGGUCCCCCAUGUACUUUUUUCUGGCUUAUUUAUCAUUUAUAGAUAUUGUCUAUUCUACCUCCAUUGCUCCCAAAAUGAUUGUAGAUAUGCUGUACGAGAAAAAAACUAUUUCCUUCCAUGCUUGUAUGACUCAAGUCUUUAUAGAACAUUUCUUUGCUGGUGCUGAAGUCUUUCUUCUGGUGGCGAUGGCCUAUGACUGACAUGUGGCCAUCUGUAAGCCUCUUCAUUAUUUGACCAUCAGGAAUCGGUGGGUAUGUGUUCUCGUGCUGCUCAUGGCCUCGACUGGAGGCUUUCUUCACUCGUUGGUUCAAUUUCUCUUUAUUUAUCAGCUUCCUUUCUGUGGCCCCAAUGUCAUUGACAACUUCAUAUGUGAUAUGUACCCCUUAGUGAAACUUGCUUGUACCAAUACCACCUACCUCAAUGGACUUUUUCUGAUCGCUAAUGGAGGGGCAAUUUGCACUGUCUUCUUCAUUCAGCUGGCUUCCUAUGGGGUCAUAUUACACUCCCUUAAGACUCAUGGUUUGGAAGGGAAAUGCAAAGCUUUCUACACCUGUGCGUCCCAUAUAAUGGUGGCCAUUUUAUUCUUUGUUCCAUGUAUCCUUCUGCGUGCAAAGCCCAAUUCUACCUUUCCCAUUGAUAAAUUCAUGACUGUGGUUUUAAGUUUCAUAACUCCCUUUUUAAAUCCCUUAAUCUACACCCUGAGGAAUGCAGAAAUGAAAAAUGCUAUGAGGAAACUUUGGAGUAAAUAUGUGGCCUUUGUUGGAAGAGGGCUGUAUUCCUCAUGCAGAACAUGA